CAGUGGCCUGGUACAUCCCUCCAUCUGCCCGCCUGCGCCGGGGUCUGUUCUAUAAUAAGAGUCUUUGGCAGCUGUUUUGUGCCUUGGCUGCAUGCCAGCCUCCCGGCAGUUGCUCUCGGAGAAAGCCUGUUGCCUCCAUUUCCCACGUCGUCCGCUCCAGCUCCUUGCUUGUCCCACGAUGCUGUCGCUUCCGUCCUUGCGGGUGGGCAUCCUGACCGGAAGAAGGGUCCUGGCUGCUGCUGGUGUCCGAGCAGCCCAUGGGCAUGGUGGGCAUGUCGCAGCCCAAGAAGAUCUCUCGGUGCCUAUGUAUUAUGACAAGCGCAGCUUCCCACUUCCGGAUACCUCUUUUUGCAAGGAGCUGGACACUUCGCAGAAGGCCCUCAAGGAGAAAGAGAAAGGAUCCUGGAAGCAGCUGAGCAACGAGGAGAAAGUGGCCCUGUAUCGGAUCAAGUUUCACCAGAGCUAUGCAGAGAUGACCAAGCCCUCUAACGAGUGGAAGACGGUCCUCGGAGGAAUUUUCUUUUUCAUCGGCUGCACGGCAUUGAUUGUCUGGUGGCAACGGGUCCAUGUGUACCCCCCGAAGCCGCACACCUUGACCGAAGAGUGGAAGGCCAAGCAAAUCAAGCGCAUGCUGGACAUGCGCAUGAACCCUGUGGACGGCUUCUCCUCCAAGUGGGAUUACGACAAGAACGAGUGGAAGAAGUAGAGCGUGGAGGCGGAAGUCGGGGAGAGGCAGCCGCGAAUCCUGCACGUUCAAGGCAGAUUUGACCGCCCCGAGGGUGGCAGCCAGGGUGACGCCUCCCACACUGCCUAUGCCCCUACCAGACCCCUUUGGAUCACUUCCCCUUGGCCCGAGCCUUCCCAACUCCACCCAAUGUGCCUUUGCCUUCCUGGAGCUGCAGGAGGAGGUCGGGCAUGUGCACCAGCCAUCUCCGUUCCACUGCAGAGAAACUGGCACAGCCUCUGCCAACCUGGUGCCCCCUGGCUGUUCUGGACUACAGCCCCCGGCAACCCUUGCCAGCACAGCCAGGGUCACCAGGUCAGUCGAGACUGGAUUGGACCUAAGCUUCUUUGCGUGGCCUUUCCAGCGGCUCCUCUUAAGCAGUCUUGCUCUUUCCCUCCAUGCAAUAAAACACUACGUUGUACAUCA